UCAACCACUAUACGCCCAAGUGGCUCUGCCACUGCCACAGGAAGCGUACAAGUCGCGAGUGACAUAUCGACCGCCCUGCCCAGGCCAUUCGAUUCCAACAUUGGCAACAACUUCACGACCGCUUCUUGUCCGGCUUUCUUUGACCGCUUUCUCGGUCAUGGUUCCUUCAUCCAAUGUCUGCCGUUAUCGCUUCUCCUCCAGACUUCCAACGGUUUCUUCACGGCGUCCCGAUCCCUCGUGAGGCUCACGACCACUUUGGAUGCCACCUGCGACAUUGAUUUCCCCCAAUGCUCCGCUCUAAUGGCCCAAAUGGCCCAAGACAUCCGGCAGACUUCCACUUGCGGCUCGGACCUUGCAAUGGGCAAUCCCACCGUCGUACAAGCCUACAAUGGCUUGCUGGCAUACGACACUCUGUAUCACGCGGGCUGCCUCAAUGAUGCGAACGGAAGCUACUGCUAUGCCAACGCCGUGACCAACACGUCGGCUCCCACGAGCAGUUACAUCUACUAUCUCCCCCUCGGUGUGCAGCUGCCGGGGGGAUCACGACCGGCGUGCACCACCUGCUUACAAGACACCAUGGCCAUUUUUGCGCAGUCGUCCGGGAACGUGAGCUCUCCCCUCCAUGAAGACUAUGCUUCGGCGGCAGAACAGGUGCAAAUGAGCUGUGGACCAUCCUUUGUGCAGACUUCGGUGCAGCUCUCCUCGUCGUCG